CAAUUCACACCGUUCAAUUUGAUCUCUCCCUCUCUGUUCUUUUCUGUCUGUCUCUUUCUCUUUCUCUCUCUUCGGGGAGCGAGAUCAAUCAGCUACAGCUUCCCCCCACAAAAACCAAAAAUCAGAUAACCCAGAUAAAAACAACUCCCAAAAACACAAAAAAAUAAUUAACACAAUUAAAAAAAUAUCUAGAGUUCUGAAUAACAAAAUUCCCUCUUCGUUUUUUGUUUUCUUUCUCUUUCAACUUUUUCCUUCCCACCAAACACACACCAUUCCCGCUCCUCCAUUCUUUCAUUCCAAGAAAGUCAGGAUUCAACUGUUCUCAGAUUGGUACCAGCUGGUGCACCUUUUUUUUUUCUUCAAUUUUUUUCGAAUUUUUUUUGGUUCCUAAUUUUAUCCGGAGAAGCUAAAUUUUCCGGGAAAAUUUGUGUUUUUUUUUUCUCCUCCUUGCGACCUUCGCCGCCGGCUGCUAUUGAUUUGUCAAAGGCAACAACUUCGAGGUGUUUUGCCUGAUUUGUUGAUCCUGCGGAGAAGGUGCUUGGAAAGAGGGAAGGGAAGGCAGAGGGAAUGUUAUAAUAAAUCCCAAAUUUCCAAUUGAUGAAAUUUUUAUGUUAGUUGAUUUCUUUUAUUUGGUGAAACGUUGUUGGUGAUUUCAAGUUGUUUGAGGGUUUUGAAUGCAUUUUGAUCUAUGGCUUCGGAAGUAGCCCCAUCUUCCGGGGAUUUGUUGAAAUGUUGCAACUGUGGAUGCGGUUGCUCCUUGGUAGCUCAUUCUUCGGGGACAUGGAUGCGAUCCGUUAAACGGAAGCUUGAUGAGUUCAAAAUGGACGGCCAAUUACCCAUUCCUGCGAUUGCGCGGAUUGAAGUUGAGAAUGAAUGUGUGGCCUUACGCGAGAUGGUCAGCAUGCAGCAGAGAACCAUUCAGGAUUUGAAUGCUGAGUUGGAGGAGGAGAGAAAUUCUUCAUCCACAGCGGCCAACGAGGCCAUGUCGAUGAUAUUGAGGCUGCAGAGGGAGAAGGCGGAGGUUCAAAUGGAGGCUCGCCAAUUCAAGCGUUUUGCGGAGGAGAAGAUGACGCAUGAUCAGGAGGAGCUUCUAUCUUUGGAAGAUUUGCUCUAUAAGAGAGAACAGAUAAUUCAGUCACUUACCUGUGAAGUUCAGGCUUACAAACACAGGUUGAUGAGCUUUGGCCUUACUGAGGACGAGGCUGAGGGUGAUCAAUAUGAACUUCCAACCUAUGAAUAUCCUCCUUUGAAGUGUAAUGUGAUGCAUGAUGGUAUGGAUGCCGGUAAUGAUGACACUGAUAUAGAGAAAUAUGCCUUUGGUGAAACUCCAAGUGACCGUUUGAGGAACUUGGAAAAUAGGAUUUCUCAAAUGGAGAAAACUCCUACUUACAGCCGGAUGGAUGGGGAUUUUACAGGAAAAAAUAUUCUAGAGAAAGUGAUUGUUGGUCAGUCUCCAAGACGGAUUAAGCAUUCUAGGAGAUUUUCCAGUGACUCAGCAUCUUUGAGUGGGAUAGGAAAAGAAAUAGGUCCCGAGUCUAUGAUGGACUCUCCCAAGCUCAAUAGUAACUAUAGGAGAGAUUAUUUCUCAGAGUCAGAGGAUCCUUCCAAUUUCAAGAAGGUACACAAUGCAUCAGAUGGUGACGAUAUGAGCGACAGAAUUUAUACAAUUGACUCUGUUCAUUGUGGGGCACCAUAUAAUGGUUUCACAGAUUCCAAAGCUGGUGGUUUUGAAGAUUAUGCAACCACUCCUAGGGAGUCAGGGAAUCAUGCUACUGAUUUUGAGGAUCCCUACAUAAAGAAGCUUUAUAUGAGGCUUCAGGCCCUUGAGGCUGAUAGGGAAUCAAUGAGGCAGGCAAUCAUUUCAAUGCGCACGGAUAAAGCACAGGUGGUGUUACUGAAGGAAAUAGCUCAACAUCUGUGCAAAGAGAUGUCACCAAAAAGAAAAAUGGCAAGGAAACUGUAUUUUUCUGGCAACUCUAACUCUUCGUUUGUUUCAAUUUUUAAGUGGAUCUCAUCAAUUGUUUUCUGGAGAAAGAGAGCUCAUCAAAGCAAGUACAUGUUUGGGCUACCGCCUGAGAGUGUUGGCUUGCUGAUGCUCCUAGACAAGGGAAUGCAUGCAAGGCCGUGGAGAUGCGUUUCGAGUACACAAGUGGGGGAUUAACUUUUCAAUUCCCUAGUCAAAUGUGGGAGCAACAACUGAAUUUUAGUAACACUACUACGAUGAGAUUUUGUUUUUUCCUGCAUGGAUCGUGAAAAUUGGUGUGCUGUGCAGUGUUCUUUUAUUGAUAUUUACGUGAAAAAUGAGUGUAAUUUGUUGGUUGAUUCGUGAAACUUGGAUAUGAUGUGACAUACGAGUUUUCUCACUCGUGUGGUUUGUUGGAGUUCAGUGCGAGGUACAUCUUUUGACAAUCUUGUAUAUAACAUAUUGCUGCAAGUUUUCUCACGCUUCAUGCAAUGUUUAUAUCCAAAAUCUCAGUUAUUACUAACUGCAGCUUUGUGUAGUAUUUGUUGCCCAUUCAAAUGUACGUACCUUCGGCUUCCAAACUCGCACAUUCAAAUCUUCAGUGAUGAAGGGAUGGUCGUGCAUGUUAUUAUAAUCAUUAGUUCCUUUACAUUGAUUAAAUUCAUGUAUGGUAAUGUAAAUUCAUUUAUUAAAUUCAUUUGUUUUUUAUAUAGAUUUGUCAUGUCUUUCA